GCAAGAUGUAUUCCUGGAGAUGCGAGAAGACAGUACAAGUAUCUGUGUCUGCCCCUGUGGGAAAGUAGAUCCUCAAUAUAACAACUCGACAGUUCGAUAGAAACACGACCAGCGACCAAUACAACAACCAACACCUCAAUUUUACAUUACAACACAUUCAUCAUGAGAUUCACCGCCGCUACUCUCGCUACUCUGGCAGUCGUUGCCUCUGCCCUGCCCACAGAUGUCCACUAUGAGGCACCCAAGGGUGGCUGGGAAUCAGUCGAUUACCCUGAAGGCACUGGUGCAAACCUUCACGAGUACCCUCCUCCUCCCGGCGGUUGGGCAUCCGUCGACUACUCCAAGACUGGUGCCGGUGCAGCACCUGCAAAGUGUCCCGAAGCACCCAAGAUGGCAGGCUCCCCCUUCACCUUCACCUCCUACUACGAGGUCAAGGCCGUCCCCGGCGAAGUCGUCAACGGCACAACCCCCACUGGUGGUCUCGCCGGUGCUUCUGGCCUCUUCAAAAUUGGUCUGAACUCCGAGCUCAACCUCAUCUGCUACAACAUUGAGAUCUACGGCUUCCGUGGCGAGUACAGCUCUCCUGCUGCUACUGCCACUCACAUCCACGAGGCCGCAAAGGGUGCUUCUGGUCCUCCUAGAAUCGCUUUCCCCAAUCCUGUUGAUGUUGGUAACGAUGUCAGACGCUCCGUUGGCUGCCAGCAGGGUCCCUUCAAGACUGGCCUUAUGGCCAAUGGACAGGACACUGCUACUGGCUUCCACGUCAGCCAGAUUGAGAAGAACCCUGCUGGCUUCUUCGCCGAUACCCACUCGAGCUUGGCUGUCCCUGGAGCCGUCCGUGGUCAGCUUGCUUAGAUUAUGAGCUUUUUAUCACGAUUUGGAAGAAGAUGAGGAUGUAACACUAGUACUUAGUUGUACCCAAUUUCCAUUGAUCAGGAAAUCUAAUUCAUAAUUUUUCUCCUAUGCAU